AUUUUUUUUAUAUUUUCUCAGUGCCUUUUGCAUAAAAAAUAAUGUUUUUCGUCGAAGAAGUUUUUUCAUUAAUACCCGUUUUUUUCCAUGUUUUAUAGAAUAAUAAAUUUCGAAUUUUAUAUACCUAGUUUCUAAAGCAUAUGGACUUCAUUUCUGCCGUUGUAGAGGUUUGAAUAUUUGGUGUUUAAUUAUAAAUAAAGUUGCGACUUUUGCGGUUAACAAUGUCUGGGGAAGGUAGCAGCAGUGGUGGAGGAUCUCAAGUUGCCCUUGUAACUGGAGGAUAUGAUCACACUAUCAAACUGUGGCAAGCACACAGUGGCGUAUGCCUUCGAACUAUGCAACACCCUGAUUCGCAAGUCAAUGCUUUAGAAAUAACCCCGAGUGGGCAGAUGGUUGCAGCAUGUGGAUUUCAACAUAUCCGCAUGUAUGACUUGCAAAGUGCUAACCCUGAUCCAGUGAUGAACUUUGAGGGCGUUACCAAGAAUGUUUCCAGAGUUGGUUUUCAUCAAGACGGAAAAUGGAUGUACACAGGUGGUGAGGACUGUACAGCCCGAAUAUGGGACCCAAGGUCUGGUAGGCAAUUGCAAUGCCAGAGGAUAUUUCAAGUGCCGGCACCAGUUAAUGCAGUGAUUCUGCAUCCUGACCAGACUCAGAUCAUGGUUGGAGACCAGAGUGGCAUCAUCCACAUGUGGGACCUCAGGACUGACAAGAACGAUCAAUUGAUACCAGAAGCUGAGGCGUCUAUCCAGGACAUCGCCAUCGACCCGUUGGGUAAGUUGAUGGCCGCCGUGAACAACAAAGGCAACUGCUACGUGUGGACGCUGGACGGGCAGCCGCCGCGGCCCGUGCCCCGGCGCCACCUCGCCGCCCACGACAAAUACGGCCUCCGAUGCAAGUUCAGCCUCGACUCGAAUAUGUUGGUGACAACGUCCGGCGAUUGUUCGGCCAAAGUGUGGCGGACUAGCGACUGGACGUUGAUGCGCGAGUUGCGUCACGACACGCAGCGGUGGGUGUGGGAUGCCGCGUUCAGCAUUGAUUCGCGCUACCUCUUCACCGGUUCAUCCGAUGGCUACGCGCGUCUCUGGGAUGUCGAGAAAGGUACACUGGAACGGGAAUAUUGUGGCCACCAGAAAUCUAUUACAGCACUCGCAUUCAAAGAUCAAGCAGUUUAGAUAUAUUAUCAUUGUACAUUGUACAACCACAUCACAUUAUCAUAAAAUGUCAAAUUUCAACCGAUUAUCGACUUAAAGUCUACCAUCUUAAAGUCUUACAUACAAAUAGAACGGCCGGUCAUAUUACUACAUGCACACAAUUAUUCGUGUCUUAAAUUAAAAAUACUCAAAAAUGGCAUAUCGUUGGGUAUGGUACAAUACCUCGCAACUAAUACUUGAGAUCGAGAGCUAUUUCAAAUGAAAUAGUACUUCACUUAAAGUAAGCUCUUAAUCGCUAGUGUUACUUACGCGUUAUUACUCUUACAAUUUUUAUAAAACUUUAUUCUUUAUUUCCAUCUGUAAAGUGUUAAUGUUAAUUGUAGGAAUUUGACAUUCAGGGUAAGUUGAUACGAAUUUGACAUUUUGGGUAAUUUGAUACGAAUUUGACUGGUCUAAACUGCUAUUGAAUAAACGGAGUAAUAUAUACCUCAUUUAGAAAGUAAGUCGAAUUAAGGAUAGAUUUUUUUGUAAAAUAAUGACAGUGAUGGUAUUCGGUGGACUUUUCGUUAUUUAUAAAAUGCUUUUGGACUUAUAUUACAACAACAAAAUGUAUAAUAUAUAUGUAUUUAUUUGUCGUAUCCAUAAUCGUAUUGUUACUGUUAAUUAGCCUUUGCCAUAUAUACAAAAUUAUUUAAUUUAAACAUUCGUAUUUGUCAAUUUUGUAAUUCACGUUAAGUACACCGAUUGUCUCAUCAUUUGUGCGUACCUACCGACCUAUUUUAAGCUUAUAAAUAAGCUGUUUGAUGUGUGAUUAUGUAGAGGUUAUUAUAUUUUAUAUAGAAUAAUAAAAAAAGAAGCAUCCGUAGUGGCAAUUAAAAUGAUACGUAAGGUAAAAAAAUGUAGUUGUCCGAAUAAUAAAAAUUAUUGUUAAGCUCAAAUAAUAUUUGCCCAUUCGCAACUAAUAUAUUAUUAUAAUUGGCGAUAUUCAUUGAUUUGGCCCCGAAAUGGUCUCAAUUGAAAAAAAAUUGGUGUAAUUCUCACAUAUUGAAAGUUGCAAAUUAUUUAUAUUAAAGAAUUAUUGAGCAAUAUUAAUGAGUGACUGAUUAUAUACUAUAAUAUUGACUUUUAUCACGGAAUGUGUAGUAAUAAUUAUUAUAUAUAAUAUUAAUUAUGAGAUACAAUACCAGUGAUUGUUCGUAAUUUAUUCUUUGAUUUUGUGUCUUUGUAGACGUCAAUGUUAUACCUACUUUUAACUGAAAUAUGGGUGACAUUCAAGUGAAGCGGAAUAUAAUGC